GCUAAAGCGAUCACGCAAUCGCCAGCCUCUUGCGCCCGCGUGCAAUUGACGAGAAAUUUGGAGCGGCUGCGGGGCCGAUAUAGGGCCCCUCUACUCCGUAAUUGACUUGCCUUCGGCAUAAAGGGUCAGGGUCCAAAAAAGUGUGUUUCUGUUGGUGAUGCUGCUCUCUUCCUAGUGAACACCCAAUUCCAUACCUCGCGAAGACGUUCAGCGAUGGCAGAAGUCAAGCUGAGGACGCCCGAAGAGGCCGUCGCCGCAAUCGCAUACCUCGCGAGCGAUGUCGUUGUCUCAGUGCAGCCGUCAUUGGCCUCGGACUCUGAGUUCUCGACCCUCCUGAAAGCGCUCACCGCAAAGAAGACACCCGGCUUGGUCGCAAAGACCAGCGAUGCCGUGCCAGAGAUCCAGUCUGUGAGGCACAACAACGACCCUCUGCUCUCCGUCUUCACUCCCAUCCGCUCUGGCCGUCUGGUCUCGGUCACGACGACAUCCUCGAUCCUGUUGCCCUCGGUUGCGCACCUCUACAAGCUCGCCAAUUUCCCCGUCGUCCUCCAUGUCGCUCUCUCCCCGAAGACUUUCCCCGACUACACCGCCAUCACAUCCAUCCGGAAUUCGGGGUGGACCAUCCUGCAGUCUUGGUCGCUGCAGGAGGCCCAUGACAUUGCUCUCACAGCCCAUGCCCUGGCCAUCCGCUCCGGCAAGGGCGUCAUCCAUUUUUUCGGCCCCAACUCGAGUGCAAGCCAGGAGCCCAUUGACGCCGCAAACGUCGAUGUCAUCCGCAGUGUCCUGAACUUGGACAAUGUGCGCCGGUUCCAGGCAGCCCCCAUCGGUGGCUCCAACAUCUACGCUGACGAUGGCCGGGUCGCUGUUGUCUCGGAGCAGCCUGAGCCCCUGACCGCGUCAGCGCCUGCCGCGGCCAGCAGUGUUCAAUCUGCUGUCCAAACUGCGGUCAACAGCGUCCAGUCUGUGAUCAGCAGUGUGCAGUCCAGCGUGGUUGACCUUGCCUCCACAACCGUUACUUCUCAGUCAUCCGUCAAGUCCAGCCAGCCGAGCGCGGCUAGUUCCCCCCCAGUGGCAUCAGCCGCGACCACCAUCGAGCCCACGGUGCCCGUCGUCUCUUCCGAAGACAUUUACAAAUAUGCAACCGCCAUCUGGUCGCAGCUCGCUCAUUUGGUCGGGAGGCAAUACAGCGCAUUUGAGUACCGUGGCAAUGCUAAGGCCGAGAACUGCCUGUUUGUUUUUGACUCCGAUGUGGCCCUCUUCUCAGAAGCUAUCGCCCAGGGGAAGGCUAACGACCCAUUCGUCAACGCUGGGCUGAUCGCUCCAAGGUUAUAUCGGCCCUGGCUUGGUGCGAACCUUCUCGCCGCCAUUCCCAAGUCGGUGAAGAGGGUGGCCGUCCUCGAACAAGUGUCAAGGAAGACCACCAAGUGGGGUCCUGUUCUGAUUGACGUCCUGACGUCGGUCAAGAGCGCCGCAGGUGGUAUCGAGACCAUCGUUGGGCAUCAGCUGGGAUACAUUUCCAAGGAUACGGUGCAGCAUGCCCUCCGCGGCGUGUUCCAGAACCUGACCUCCGACAAACCCGUCCAAAACCUGGAGGUUGGGAAGCGGGAAGCGCCCCAACAGGCCUCCGAGCACGGUCUGGAGAGGCCCAAGCUCGAGACGGCCUACAACAAGAUCCUCGAUCAGCUCUUCGGGUCUAGGGCAUACAUCGCCAACUCUCUCGACGCAGAUAACGCCGGUAUCUCCAGCACCAUCUCUGCAACACCCGAGUUCGGCUUCGGGUCGCUGCUGGCAAGGAAAGAGCGGAGACAGAGGUUUGUCGGUGAGGUCAAGGAGGCCGCUAGCUCAGGCCAGUUCCUGACUGAGGUUCCCAAGAGGGCGCUUGCAAAAUGGGUGGCCAACGCCGACGACGUCAAGAAGUCCGAGGAGGCUGCCGAGGAUGCCAUCUCGAAACUCAUUGUUGACAACUCGAGGCUCUCGAAGUCGCUCUUGGAUUGCAAGCACUUCUUCCGGAGACAAUCGCUCUGGCUUGUUGGGUCUGAUGCGUGGUCGUACGACCUCGGUUACUCCGGCGUCCACCACGUCCUUGCAUCAGGCGAGAAUGUGAACAUGCUGAUUAUCGACUCGACCCCAUACUCGGAACGUGCCACCGCCGACGCCAAUCGGCGGAAGAAGGACAUCGGCCUGUACGCCAUGAACUUUGGAAACGUGUAUGUCGCCUCCACGGCUGUGUACAGCUCCUACACGCAGGUCCUGCAGGCCAUGGACGAGGCCGACAAGUUCAACGGUCCUUCGAUUGUCUUGGCCUACCUGCCCUAUUUUGGCGAGCAUGACUCUCCCCUGACUGUCCUUCAAGAGACCAAGAAGGCCGUGGAUAUCGGCUACUGGCCCCUGUACCGAUGGAACCCGGAGAACGAGAAGAAGGGCGAACCCAACUUCUCCCUGGACUCGGAGCGCAUCAAGAAGGAGUUGAAAGAGUUCCUCGACAGAGAUAACCGCCUCACCCAGCUCAUGCGGAGCCAACCACAGUUUGGCGGUGUUCUCUCGGAGGAUUUCGGCACCGAGAUCCGGGCGCAGCAGAAGAGGCAAGCCAAGGACGCGUACAACCAGCUGCUCGAGGGCUUGUUUGGCGCGCCGCUCACGAUCCUGUUCGGUUCAGACAACGGCAACGCCCAAUCUCUAGCGAAGCGGUUGGGCACUAGGGGCAGGGCACGUGGCCUGAAGACAACCGUUAUGGCCAUGGAGGAUUACCCGGUCGAGGACCUGCCGACCGAGGAGAACAUCGUCAUUAUCACGUCGACUGCUGGUCAGGGUGAGUUUCCCCAGAAUGGCAAGCCGCUCUGGGACGCCAUCAAGGACAACACCGAGCUUGACCUGGCUUCCGUCAAGUUCUCCGUCUUUGGCCUGGGCGACAGCCAUUACUGGCCCAGGAAGGAGGACAGGGUCUACUACAACAAGCCCGCCAAGGACCUUGACAGAGUGCUGGCGAACUUUGGCGCGACUAGGCUGGCGGACUUGGGACUCGGAGACGACCAAGAUCCAGAUGGAUACCAGACUGGGUACCAGGAAUGGGAGCCGAAGCUCUGGGAAGCGCUUGGCGUGGCCAACGUCGAGGGCCUGCCGGAGGAGCCGCCCCCGCUUACAAACGAGGACAUCAAGCUCGCGUCGAACUACCUGCGUGGUACGAUCGCCGAGGGGCUCAAGGAUACGUCGACUGGCGCAAUCUCGGCGGCGGAUCAGCAACUGACCAAGUUCCACGGCACAUACAUGCAGGAUGACCGCGAUGUUCGUGACGAGCGCAAGGCCCAAGGGCUGGAGCCUGCCUACUCGUUCAUGAUCCGGUGCCGACUGCCUGGUGGUGUCUCGACGCCGAAGCAGUGGAUCCAGAUGGACGACAUCAGCAACGAGCUCGGCAACGAGACCAUGAAGCUCACGACUCGCCAAACCUUCCAGUUCCACGGUGUCGUCAAGGGAAAGCUCAAGCCUGCCAUGCAGGCAAUCAACCGGGCGCUCAUGACCACCAUCGCUGCCUGCGGCGACGUCAACCGCAACGUCAUGUGCAGCCCCCUGCCCUCGCAGUCACAGUAUCACCGUGAGGUGUAUGCCUGCUCCAAGAAAAUCAGCGACCACCUCCUGCCUUCAACAACGGCGUACCAUGAGAUCUGGCUCACGGACGACGACGACAAGAAGAUGCAGGUGGCCGGUGAGGCGGUGCAGGAUUUUGAACCGCUCUAUGGUCCUACUUAUCUCCCGCGCAAGUUCAAGAUCUCAAUUGCGAUCCCGCCGCAUAACGACGUGGAUGUCUACGCGCACGACAUCGGCCUCAUCGCCAUCAAGGGGAGCGACGGCCACCUGGAGGGCUUCAACUUGCUGGCUGGUGGUGGCAUGGGUGCCACGCACAACAACAAGAAGACGUACCCGCAAGUCGGCCGGAUGCUCGGCUUCGUCAAGACCGACGAGGUACACGUUGCCUGCGAGAAGGUGAUGCUGGUGCAGCGCGACUUUGGCGAUCGCAAGAACCGCAAGCACGCGCGGCUGAAGUACACCAUCGACGACAUGGGCGUCGACGUGUUCCGCGGGAAGGUGGAGGCGUACUGGGGCAAGUCGUUCGAGCCCGCGCGGCCAUUCCACUUCGACAGCAACGUCGACACGUUCGGCUGGACCAAGGAUGAGCACGGCAUGAACCACUUCACCUUCUUCAUCGAGAACGGGCGGAUCGAGGACACGGCCGAGUUCCGGAUGAAGACGGGCCUGCGCGAGAUCGCUAAGGUGCACAAGGGCGAGUUCCGCCUCACACCCAACCAGCACCUCAUCCUCAGUAACGUGGCCGACGAGGACCUCCCCGCCAUCAAGGCGCUUAUGGCCAAGUACAAACUCGACAACCUGCAUUUCUCGGCGCUGCGGCUCAGCUCGUCGGCAUGUGUCGCGUUCCCGACCUGCGGCCUGGCCAUGGCCGAGUCGGAGCGCUAUCUGCCCGUGCUCAUCUCCAAGCUCGAGGCCUGCCUCGAGGAGAACGGCCUGCGCCAGGACUCGAUCGUCAUGCGCAUGACGGGCUGCCCGAACGGGUGUGCCAGGCCGUGGUUGGCCGAAGUUGCCUUUGUUGGCAAGGCGUACGGCGCAUACAACAUGUAUCUUGGCGGUGGAUACCACGGUCAGCGGCUGAAUAAGCUGUACCGGUCGAGUAUCAAAGAGGAAGAGAUUCUGGUGAUCAUGAAGAAUCUGCUCAAGCGGUAUGCGGCCGAGCGGAAUGAGGGCGAGAGGUUCGGGGAUUGGACAAUUCGUGCGGGUAUCAUCAAGGAGACUAAGGAGGGUCGGGACUUCCAUGAGGGGGUUGCCGAAGAAGAGUCGGACGAGGAGUGAGGAAAAGGCUGCAGGGGGGGACAUGCAUUACCUCCGAACAGAGCGGGAGCUUGUAAAUAGAUCAUGUUGCGGGCGGAUUCAUCUUGACUUGAGCACUGCAUUGCAUUUGUUUGUUUCUGUUUCGGAGUCGAUACUCAGCUGCACAUAUUCCACUGUCAAUUUUUCAAUGUUGUCGAUCCUGUCA